GGUUCAGUUGCAUUAAAAUGGGCAUCUAAAACACAUGUGCACACUGGUCAUAGACCUCUGGGAAUAACAAUUACGGUUAUCUGGUUUUGUUCCCGAAUUAUGGAUGGACCACAGAAGGACUUCCGCCGACGAACACGCUGUGACAGUGCAGAGACAACAGUCAGAUGACCUGAGCAGGAACAGGGUUGAUGGGAACCCAGCCAUGUGCUAUUAGGUCCUAAACACACUUUCGGCAAGAAAGAGCCUAUGGAUAUGUCCUCUAAGCAGGAGCAGCUCACCCAGACACCCCUGCCCAAGAUAUGGGUGCCAUGGAUGAAGACAUCCCCAGGCCAAAGAAGAGGCUCUUCACGACCUCAGUUUACAAACUGUCCUACGAUAAUUGUGAUGGUUGGACUGCCAGCAAGGGGAAAAACAUAUAUCUCCAAAAAGUUAACCCGUUACUUCAACUGGAUUGGCGUACCAACUCAAGUCUUUAAUGUGGGUCAGUAUCGAAGAGAGGCAGUACAGACAUACAAGAACUAUGAAUUUUUCCGUCCGGACAAUGAAGAGGCCAUGAAAAUCCGAAGGGCUUGUGCCUCAAAUGCCCUCAAGGACGUUGCCAAUUACUUCACUAAAGAGCAGGGACAAGUAGCAGUUUUUGAUGCCACCAACACCACAAGAGAGAGAAGAGGGAUCAUCAUCAGUUUUGCCAAGGAGAGGGGCUACAAGGUGUUUUUCAUUGAAUCCAUUUGUGAUGACCCAGAAAUCAUUGAGGCAAAUAUAAUGCAAGUAAAGUUAAACAGUCCAGAUUACGAAGAUUACGAUAAGGAGGAAGCGCUGGUGGACUUUCUGAAGCGUAUUGACUGUUACAGAAUCUCUUAUGUGCCCAUGGACGAGGAGAAAGACAAACACCUCUCUUUCAUAAAGAUCUUUAAUGUGGGCUCACGGUAUCUUGUGAACCGAGUGCAGGACCACAUACAGAGUCGAAUUGUGUAUUACCUCAUGAACAUCCACGUCACUCCUCGAUCCAUCUAUCUGAGCCGUCACGGAGAGAGUGAGCUCAACCUGCUCGGAAGAAUUGGUGGAGACUCAGGCUUAUCCUCAGCGGGCCAGAAGUACGCUAGUGCCCUGUCAGAGUUCAUCAGGGGUCAAGCCAUCAAGGAUCUGAAGGUGUGGACCAGUCACAUGAAAAGAACCAUACAGACAGCGGAGACACUGGGUGUCCCUUAUGAACAGUGGAAGGCAUUGAAUGAAAUAGAUGCAGGUGUAUGUGAGGAGUUGACCUAUGAAGAGAUUCAGUUGAAUUUUCCAGAGGAGUUUGCACUGAGAGACCAGGAUAAAUACCGUUAUCGAUAUCCAAAGGGCGAAUCAUAUGAAGACCUGGUGCACCGUCUGGAGCCAGUCAUAAUGGAGCUUGAGAGACAGGAGAACGUUCUGGUCAUCUGCCACCAGGCAGUCAUGCGAUGUCUACUGGCCUACUUUCUAGAUAAAAGUGCAGAUGAUCUUCCAUAUCUGAAAUGUCCGCUGCACACUGUUCUCAAACUUACUCCAUUAGCGUAUGGAUGCAAAGUGGAGUCGUUCUUUUUGAAAAUCAGAGCAGUAAACACGCACAGAGAUAAACCACCUGAUGUGAAUGUUACAAGAAACCCUGAAGAUGCACUCAGGACUGUCCCUGAACAUCUGUAACCUGAAUGGAAGAACGUAUACAGUGAAGCCAUUCAAUGCAGAAACAUUUUUUGGCCAAAUGAAACAAAAUAUAUCAGAUUAAGUGUUAUUACAUUAGUACAGUAGGAAAAAGGAACCAUUUUAAAAGACUUAAGAAUGUUCAUCCAUCCGAAUUCCUCAAGAUGUAUAAACAUAGUGGGGUCCAAAAGGUUUUUCCCUUCAAUUAAACACUAACAUUAACACUUUCAAGUUCAAGCCGAUAUGAUAUAAGGCCUAUUUAGCACCUCAUCGGGUUUUGCUCCAACUUCAUUGGAGCAUUUUGAAAACACUAAUAUUUUAAAGAAUUUCUAUUAAAUUUGAAAGUGCAAAAGCAAACUUUUAGACCCCACUUAAGUUAUUUUUGGUUGUUUGCUACUAAACCUUUUAAAAUCUGUUGAUGUGUUAAAGGGGACAUAUCAUGACAAUCUGACUUUUUCCAUGUUUAAGUGCUAUAAUUGGGUCCCCAGUGCUUCUAUCAACCUAGAAAAUGUGAAUAAGAUCAACCCAGUAACUUAGUUUGGGUAAACCAUACUUGGCAAGCAUGUGAAAAAAUUUGGCUCCCCUUGUGAUGUCAGAAGAGGAUAACACCGCCCCUUAAACUGCACUGUCCAACCACAACACUGCCAUUUAGUGCAGAGAUCAGCUCAUUUGCAUUUAAGGGGACACACCCAAAAUGGCACAUUUUUGCUCACACCUACAAAGUGGCAAUUUUAACAUGCUAUAAUAAAUUAUCUAAAUUAUAUUUUGAGCUAGGCCUUCAUAUACGUACUCUGAGGACACCAAAGAUUUAUUUGACAACCUAAAAAAGUAAGAAUUUUAUCAAUAUUUGUUCAAGGAAAUUUUAUAUUGUGUAAAAAUAUAAAUUUUGACCUAGAGGGACAUUUUGAUGAUCUCGUCAGAAUGGUAUUAAGGAGCUGAUUCAGUUAGUGACUAGUACCAUGGACAGCAACCAAACUAAUAAAUACGUAUUAGAGACACAGUCCUAAAAAUAACCUCAAUGCUUCAUCUCAAGGAAUUUGUCUUUAUAAUUUAUAUUUGCUAAAAUGUGUAAAUAAACAUGUUUUCAAACACCCAAAAUA